CUUUUGCUCUCUCCUCCCGCACCAUUGAUUAAAUGCUAUGAAAACUUUCCGACACACACAAAGAUGGCCGACAGUUCUUCCGCAGUUGUGCCUGCGUGUGGCAGUGCCUACAAUGGUAACGAGAAUGACAUUUCACAAAAUGCAAAUCCGGGCGACAGGCAGAGGAAACAGCGUGGCAGAGGUCGAGGGAGGGGUGGCCAGGGUCGGGGAGGUAGAGGCGGCGGUAGGGGGGGGAGUCGUGAUCAGAGAGGCUUCACAUCGAAAGAUCAAGGUGGCCGCAACAAGAAGGGGGAGGUGGGACGAGGAGAAUGGACUCGAGGCAAUAUAGACAAACGAAAACGCAACGAUGAAGAUCAAGCUGCAAAGCGUCGCAAGAUCAACAAUGGACAAGAAGUAGCAGAAGGAGCAGACCUUCCAUUCUCAAGAGAAGAAAUCGAUGCCGAGGGUCGAAAACCGAAGCGUAAAGUUGCAGUGAUGAUCGGGUAUGCAGGCUCUGGGUACAAGGGCAUGCAGAUCAAUGGCGCAGAAAAGACUAUUGAAGGAGACAUCUUUAAAGCAUUUGUGGCUGCAGGGGCAAUCUCGAAAGCAAACGCAGACGAUCCCAAGAAAUCAUCUCUUGUUCGUUGUGCGAGGACUGACAAGGGUGUACAUGCCGCAGGCAAUGUCAUAUCAUUGAAGCUCAUUGUCGAGGAAUCCAAUAUCAUCCAACUCAUCAAUGAGAAUCUGCCCCCUCAAAUUCGUGUCUGGGGCAUCGAACGAACCAAUGGGUCCUUCAGCUGUUACCAAACCUGCGAUUCAAGAUGGUAUGAGUAUUUAAUCCCAACAUAUUCUUUUCUUCCACCACAUCCACAGAGUUUUCUAGGUAAGAAACUUGUCGAGUCUGCGGAGAAGGAGGGGGUAUUUGAAAUUUACCAGUCCCGACAAGAGGAUGUCAUCGAUUUUUGGGAGUCAACAGAGGAGACUUACGUCAAGCCAAUACUGGACAAGCUGGACCCUGAGCUAAGAGAGGCUGUUCUUUCUACCCUCCACAGUUUGGAGGAUCCCACGACUGGGAAGACUACCUCAAAACCAACCGACAAUGAGGAUCAGCUAGUACCCGAGAUGAUUCAAGGUGUUGAGGAAGUAGGCAACAGAAACCUUGAAUCUCAGAAGGCAGGGAAGACUUCUGCAAAACUCGAAGUUGGGGAAAGAGAUACAUCUCUGCUCCGGGAAGAUAUCAACAAGGAAUAUGCACAGAACAUUGAAAAUCCAGCGGAGCCUUCUAAAUCGGUUCUCAGCCCUCUCGAAGCAACGAUUAAAGAGAUCAAAGCAGCUUAUAUUACAGCAAAGAAAGCGUAUCGGAUAUCAGCUUCUCGUCGGGAAAGGGUCCAGCAGGCGCUGAGCAGCUAUGUUGGCACUCGAAAUUUCCACAAUUACACAAUCCAGAAGACGUUCUCGGACCCAUCAGCAAAGCGAGUAAUCCGUUCCUUCAAGGUUGGUCCAGAUCCAAUCAUCAUCAACGACACCGAAUGGCUCUCAUUGAAGGUCCAUGGUCAGUCAUUCAUGAUGCAUCAGAUCCGGAAGAUGGUAGCUAUGGCUGCCCUCGUUGUAAGAUGCGGUUCGUCCUUGUCGAUCAUCAACGAUAGCUACGGUGCAGCAAAUAUCAGCAUUCCAAAAGCACCUGGUCUGGGCCUGUUGCUGGAAAGACCAGUGUUUGACAGCUACAACCAAAAGGCUGUGAACGAGUACAAGCGAGAAAAAAUCAACUUUGACAAUUAUCAAAAGGAAAUGGAUGAGUUCAAGCAACGUGAGAUUUAUGAUAGGAUCUUCAGGGAGGAAGAGCGUGAUCACCAGUUCCAUGCUUUCUUUCAUCAUGUCGAUCACUUUCGAACAGAUUUCUUUCUUUGGGUAACAGCUUCCGGUCUCUCUGCUGCGAAACAAAGCACAGCACCAGCUCGGACGGACAAUAACAGCGAUGAUGAAGCCGAUGUCAACGGGGAGGAGGGAUAGAAGUCAGCAUUCGCCGGAUCCUGCAAGCAUCAACCAAAAAUGGCUCCCGUGCCUGGUCAGAAGCUGGCAACCGCAAACCUUGCUAUACAAUCAUUGAUGCAUUGUACUUCAAGCAAUAUGAUGAGAGUCGAAGUACAGGAUCUUUCAAAUCAACGUCCCCCAUGAAACUAUUUCCUAUACGUGGUGGACAGAAAUGCAAAUGUGUAUAGAUGAGUCACUGGUGUCUUCUGAUCACCCAAAUUCGACGUUGCCAACUUGAUAUAUUACAGAUGACGCCGCUUGGCUGUAUGGGCUAGGGAACAGGUAUCUACUUCCAACGUAGCUAUAAAGUUCAAGAAAGUAGACUAGAGAAUGGUCUGCAUGCAUCAAAGUGGAAUAUAUAAAGCGCAUCCUGGUGCAUAAAGCUGGUAUCUAGAACGCCGUUGUAUGCAUGACCCAUCCAUAUGUUAAGCAGCCCAAACGUCUAUCCGCACCUGACCAAACGCCAUCACCCCGAAGCUGGGUGCUCGGCUGCCCUGGUCAGAGCCGCUUCAACCAGUUCUCCAGCCUUCCGAGAGUCGCUAUCCAUUUGACCUUCUCCUUCCCCGUCCCUAAUGCCGCGCAAAGGGCCAAACAGCCACAGCUCUUUCAGUUCGCGGGACAGCUGGAGCAAGUCUUCUGUGGCGCGAAUCUGCAUAAUGCAAAAUUCAGUUCCAACUCUUAAAUUAAUGCUACACAGACAAUCAAAGUAUAUCAUACCAAAGCAGAGCCCUCAACUUCCAUUUGAAGUCCAUGUGCAGCAGCCAUUUCUUUCGUUGCUCCAUCGUGGACAGGUUCCGUAGCGAGGGUGACUAGGGCCUUGAAUCGAGUAAGCAGGGCAGCAACAGCGCGCUCUUCGCGAUCUGCAAUGCUAUUAGAAUCCGAGCCUACACAAAGAUCUCCGUUCAAGGGAGCUGCUGGUGUUGUAGAGUGUGGACUUCCUGUGGUAGAGGAAAGGCGGCCACGACUGGCCGCAGUGCUGAUACUGGGGGUGAGUGUCUCAAUCGUCGGAGUUUGCAGGUUCGAAGAUGUUCCAUGCGAAACGCCAUUGGUGUGAAUAUCAUCCAAGUACGACCCGGCGGAUUGCGCCAUGUUGUUCCUUUAAUUCUUUGGUGCGUACGUGGGACUUCUUGGGUGAUGGCGCCUGUGUGCUCCAGGCAUGAAUGAAAGGGAGAGAAUGGAGGUAAAAUGGUGCUUACCAACGAGGCUGCUUGUUGUGCGCUGUGCGCUUUCCAUUUGAAGAGAGUGAAUGCAAUUAUAAAUAUCAAUAUCAGAGUUACCUAGGACCACAGCUGUGCCCCUCCCUCGGCCAUGGCCAGGUGGGACCAUGCCGCCCUUGGAAUACCCCACUUGGUACCUAGCGGACACCUCCAUGCCGUCCAGGUAGGUAGGUACCUUACGAGAAUUAGCCUAGACCUUUCAACGGUAAAU